GCCUUUAGAUAUCAAGACCUCGUUUCCAGUCUAAGACAAAUAUGGUCGUAGACUAAGAAGCGUUCUCUUCGCUCAAGUCUUUCACGUACGGCUACGAACUGCGUUGUAUCACUUCACAGGGGAAACAAUGCCUAUCAACAUACCGCAGAAGUGGAAAUUAUCAAGGACUUCAACGAAAGGGCAGGGUGACGACGAUGGCAUUGGUUCAUCUUCGAUUGCUAAGUUGAAUGACACAUCUACGAAAACUGAGCAAAUCAAUGGCGAGACGAAAGCCGAAGGCGAAGAAAAUCAUGCACCCGCAAAGCUAGAAGAUUUGGAAACUUCAAAAAGCGAUGCCCCUGGGAUUGAACCCUCGCCAGAACGUCCAGAUAUCCUGUACUGUUUGACUUUGAAGGAGGAUAACAAAGUGGACCGCAGCUUCUACAAAAACACACCUUGGACAGGUGUCAAUACUGGCUUGCCAGGCUCAGAUCCCGAGGACGAAGAAGAAUCGCGGGCGGUGCUCACUUACUACGUGGAUGCUGUAGUCCAGGACAAAACAGGAAAAGAGCCAAACACGUCAAAGACCUGGAGAGAGCAACCCGCGGACUUUGAAUUUGGUCGAGACGCAGUACUCAAGAACAGAUACUGGCCCAAUCUGAAGCUUUACUCCAAAAAGCUCAUCAAACUGUGUGAGUUAGUCUUGGACUACUAUCCGCUCCGGGGAGAUGGGAAAACAUUUCAACCACCCAUCAGAGAUACUUUUGUUGAGUUCAUGUAUUGUUAUCAAGAGUUGAAACAAUACUUGAAUACUUACCGCCAGUCUUUGCCGGAAGAUGAGCAAAGCGAUCGAAAACUGGAGCUAGGAAGCUGCGGAGACGAAGAGUUAUCUGAAGUACUACGUCCAUAUCUGGAUUUUGGCGAGCUCAAGCCCGAAGAAAACCCAUGCGACGCUACGACUGCUCACGACAUUGCUGUUCUUCUACGGCUUCUUGCUGGAAUGUAUCGGGUCAAGGCAGUACCGAUACUGACAUCCGUAUAUCUUGACCCGAAACAGUUAAUAGAGUACAGUGGCUUGUGGCUACUUUUCAAGCCAGGUACUGUCGUAUAUGUCAAACGAGCGGCGUUUUGGGUACCUGUUGAUGUGAUCGAACAGUACGGCAGAGAAAGAAAUGCAACAAGCUGGGGUUCGAAGCGUGGUGAGGGUGACGAUGAGUACUCAGCAUGCGUCAUUGCCUCUUGGAGGUAUGCUGAAAAAGACAAAGACAGUCAUGCAGCACGAGAUAACAGCGAUCACCUUGAAGUCGUGUUAUGGAGUAUCCACUAUACUGGUACUGCUUUCCAGCGCAUUGCACAUGAGGCCAAUAUCGUCAAAUUCGAUCAUCCAAGGCCGCUCAGAGAUCUGACCAUUGUUCCUGCCCGGCUCUAUGACAAAUUGGACAACGGUAUACUACGUGGUACCCUUGAGAAGCGUGGUCACAAAUAUCUUUCCGUGCUCAGUGAGCUCGCGGCGCAUAGGAAUUACAAACAUCGGCUUAGUAAGUACGAAGGCCAAAUCAUUGUUGAUCCGGCUGCCUACCGACAAUACCUCACAGAGGAGAACGAGGAUCAUUUCUGGACGACUCCACUCCCACCACAAGAGACUCCAAUCCUAGAUGGUGGCGGUGGUCAUCGAUUUAGCGGCUUGACCGACUAUGUUCCAUCCCAGAAAGAUCCAUUUCCUCGUCUCAAUGAAUUGUGUCUACUCCUUCCCAGCAGAACUGAAGGCUUUGCAUUGAGGAACAAAAGGUGGAUGAUCUUCGAGAUUGAGGGAAUCAGCGAGCGUCCACCAGUACCAUCAGAAAACCAGCUUGACACAGAACUCGUAUUGGUCACCGACGCAGACAAAGAAUCCCUUCGAACAGUUUUACCUAGAGGCGAGAGCCCACUCAGCUCAGCCUCUGACUUUGUGGAAGGCAAAGGCGAGGGCAAGAUCUUCUUGCUCUAUGGCGGUCCUGGGACUGGCAAGACUCUGACAGUGGAGUGUGUUGCGAACGAUACAUGUCGGCCACUACUUCGCCUUACUGUGCAAGACGUCAGGCUCGAAAAUGACGUGGAAGCCAACAUUCGGAAGUGGUUUACCCUUGCCGCGAAAUGGGAUGCAAUCCUCCUGAUCGAUGAGGCCGAUCUGUUCCUUGAACAGCGGAAAGAUGGAGAUCUUCAACGUAAUAGUCUGUCAACUAUCUUCUUGAGGACUAUGGAAUACUACAAAGGCGUUCUCUUUCUGACAACUAAUCGAGCGGGUCAUAUAGACGACUCUUUCAUCUCACGGAUUACUUGUCCCAUCGCUUACAACCCGUUGUCGGAUGAGACAAAAGCAAAGAUUGUAGAAAAGUUUGUCAAGAAGUUCCAGGAAACAGGAAGCAUCAUAGUCGAGAAGUCAGCUGCAGUCUAUCUGAAAGCGAAUUGCAAAGACCUUAACGGCCGAGAACUUCGCAACGUGUUGCAAAAUGCAGUUGCCACUGCAGAGAUCAAAGAGCGGGCCAAACGUCGGUUGGCGCAAUUGGCAGGUGAAGAUUUGCCUCCUAUCAUCGUCACCGUAGGUAUCCGACAUAUAAGCGCAGCAGUUGAGAGGCAUUCUGAGUUUCAGCACGAUCUGAACAAAUUGAGGGGUGGUAGAGACGAGGCUACAAGAGCAAGAGGCAGGCAGGACUAUCCAACAAAGCAGCCUGGCAGCUCGGGAGUCAAUGGGAAGGUAUAAGAGCAGACACUUUAAUGUUAUGAUCAAGAGCAUUGAUACUAUUUCCUUAUGUUUGCGAUUCAGCUGAUUUUAUGCUAGCUUUUCUUUUGGAGUGAAGCAUUCUUUGAUGGUGUCAAGGGCACAGAUGAGGGGAACACUCAAUUCGAAGUAUUAGGUAUCGCAUUAUCGUUUUUGUGUGGUAU